AUGCCUUUUCGUCAGAAGAAUCCACAGUGCUCACCCAAGCAAUCCCGUCGGAGCCACAGUGCGAUGCAAGGCCUGGAGGUUGCACAAGUCUCCAAGGCUCUGGAGGAGACCCAUCUCUCCUCCCAUUCUCCAGAGCCUGGCAAUUCGAAGGAGGCUCGUAGUGCUGGUACACCUCGCGCUACUAAGGGUCAGAGUUCACACUCGUCUUCCAUUGCCUCCACUGCCACCUCAUCGAGCCAUUCACGUGUGGGCUCCGGUGGCCAGAAGGGGAAAGCUAGCACCCCCCGGGCCAGGCCAGGCCCCAAGAACGUGCCCAUAGAUGCUAUCGAUAAGCAUGCAGCUUUGUUAGUGAAUUACAUGCUGUUCAAGUAUCAAAUGAAAGAGCCAAUAACCAAGGCGGAUAUGUUGAAGAUCGUCAUCAAAGAGUACAAACUCCACUUUGUUGAGAUCUUCUUGAAAGCCUGUGAGCGCAUGGAGAUGAUCUUUGGCCUUGAUGUGAAGGAAGAUCCCACCAACCACUGCUAUGUCUUCCUCAUCAAAAUGGGCCUCACUUAUGAUGGGAUGCUGCAUGGUGAAAAGGGCGUGCCCAAGACUGGCAUCCUGAUCCUUAUCCUGGGUGUGAUCUUCAUGAAGGGCAACUGUGCCACCGAAGAGGAAGUCUGGGAAGUUCUGAGCCUGACGGGGAUACGUUCUGGGAGGAAGCACUUCAUCUUCGGAGAGCCCAGGGAGCUCAUCACCAAAGUUUUUGUGAAGGAAAAAUACCUGAAGUACCGGCGGGUGGCCAACAGUGAUCCUGCAAAAUUUGAGUUCCUUUGGGGCCCGAGAGCCCACGCCGAAGUCACCAAGAUGCAAGUCCUGGAGUUCCUGGCCAAGGUUCACGAGACUGACCCAAGUUCUUUCCCAUCUCAGUAUGAGGAGGCUUUGCAAGAUGAAGAGGAGAGGGCCCGCGCCCAUAUUUCAGCCGGGGCUGUCUCUGCCUCUGUGGGCAAUGCCGGUUCUAACGCCAAGUCUAGCAGCUUCUCCCACACCUAG